AUGGAUAAGUUUGAAUAUUUAAAUUUUUGGGGACACUCGCCUGCUCUUAAUUUGAUUUCUAACUCCAAAAUCAAAAAAGAUGGAGAUGAUUCAGUGAACAUCUUGGUGGUUGGGGGUGGUGAUUGCAGACAUGUUCUGCUAACUAUUUCUAAAAAUAUGCACAAAAACAUAAACUUUUUUAUAGUGGAUAAAUCAGUAGAAUUGUAUGCAAGGCAGAUGCUUCUAUUAGCUCUCAUUUUGAAGCCACAAAGUAAAAUUGGACUUCAAGAUAAAAUAGAAAUGUUCUUAGAAAUACAUGGUAACACUCUGAUAAGAAAACAAACAGCUGACUAUGUUGAACAACUAUCUAGCCAACUAAUCAAGGAUUUCAGACUUCGGCAGUACCUCGGCCCCAGGUACGAUGCAAUUCCGAACGUGUUUGAUUGGCACUUCCACAUGAAACUUAUAGAUAGGGAUGCGGAAGUGAUAGGGAUAAGGAACUACACGAGAUGGAGAACGAAUGGAGUGGCGUACGAGUUGAGAGAUGCAGAUUAUGACGUGCAGAACAAAACACUGGCAUCAUCUAUAGCUCUUAAAAAGGCACACACAUUUUUUAUUUCAAUUUCUUCUUGA